AUGCUGCCAUUCGUAUAUAACACGGAAGAAAGCAGUAGGAACAAUCGCGGUCAACAGGUUUUUCUUUUAAACAAAAUUUUCGAUUUGAACUCCACUUUACAGAACUUUGAUCAACGCAACCCCAGUCAGGGAGACUACGAUCAGAAUUCUCAACACGGAUACAAUCAAUACGAGUCAAGAGAAGGACCAACGUCGCGUUUGUAUUCAGACAGCAUAUCUUCAGGGUAAGUGAAGUUCAAGUUUUUUGUUUGGUUUUCGUUUAUUGAUUAUCACGUUCGAGAGAAAUGUUGUUUUUUGUUUCAUAAAGUAUAUUUCUAACAAAUCCAGAAGAGAUGCGUACAAGAGCGACGGAUAUGAACGUAAGCGUGGCCGGUCUCGCAGUAGGAGUCGUGGACGAGGACGCCGCUCGCGGUCAAGAAGUCGCAGUUGGAGUCGCGGUCAUGAAGUUCGCAGCAACAGACAUCGAAGCCGUGACCAUUACCGACGAGGUCUCUCGACCAUGUUUCAUGCUUAUGAUGCGGCAUAAAAUGGGCCCUACCGAAGCCGAUGAUAAUGGGAAUCGGAGGUUGUAGAUCGCAGUCGGUCACGAUCCAAUUCGCCACGAAAUUACCGACGGCGUCGCAGCCGCAGUCGAGACUGGGACAGGGACAGAGUGCGUAUAGUUUGUUUGCUAACAGCUUUCUAAGAUGUUUGAAGGCUCAUCGUUGCUCAAUGUCAGAGCGCGAGGCCGACAGUUCGAAGCCUUUUAAGGUCCGCUGGCUGGCCUUUUCUUGCUUUUUUUGCGAGAUAGGUGUAAAGCAGAAAUAAUUAGUGUUGAAAGUAUGAGGCAUUUUAAAACAAAAAGUGACAAGGUUUCAUCAAAACGACAAAUAGCAACUUAAAUUUGAAGAAUUUCAUCAACUCGCUCAAUAAAUUUUUUCAAGUCUUUCCUAUAAGUUUCAACACUGGGAGAUAAAUUUUAAGCAGAACCGUUUUUUACCUUUAUUUUCAAUGAUCAAUCCAGAUUUUUCGACAGUCAAGAAAAAGUGGGAUACGCGGUGAGACAGCUAUCGGUAUGAUGUUCGAUAGCAUACUGUUCCGUUGCGCUUGCAAAUUAAAGGAUGGUAUUCGAGUGCACAAAAAUACAUAAGUAUCAAGGAAUUAUAAUGUUUUUGGGAGUUGGUUUUGAUUGAAGCUUACUAGGAAACGUUUUUCAGCCCUCGGGUAAAAUUUUGAUUUAACUUGUUUACAGUUUAAUUAUGGCUCUCCAAAGCAUGAAAAAUCAUUUCUCGUAUCUGUUUUUCGAGUUAAGACUCUUGAAAAGCUGAAAUAACGCUUUUUUCACAAGUUACAUGUUUUGCUAACUUUGAAGCUUUACAGAUCUGGAAUCAGAAGGCCAUAAAGUAUGUUUCAGCCAAGUUUUAUUAAAGGAUCAACCGGGAACAAAAAAACGUUUUAUCCAUUUUGAUUUGAUAGACUUUGUCGAUAAGCCGGUAAAAAAGUGCGAAGAAAAAUGAAUAAUUUUUGAAAUUUGGUCUCAUAUCUCCAAUUCACAAACUUGACAUAACGUGCAUUUGCGAAACAGCUUUCAUUUGCGAAACAGUCAUAUUUUCCUUGAACAUCUGAGAAAGCUUUCGAUGUAUUUGAUAGGACACAAAAUGACGCGGUUUUCAGACGCGAGGACGUGAGACUUCCGAUAAAUAUGAAAAGCCUCCGGUUGUCCCGGUGAGCAAACUUGCAAUCACUUCGAUGCCGGUUAACAUUGAUAAAAACAUGGUGAGAAAAAAAAACUUUUAUUCUCAAAAAAAGCUAUAUACAGAUUGCCAUUGCUCUGGCUUCAAGUGGGUACCUUCCUCAAGACAUAAGAAUCAUGACAAAGUUCGACAAGGGUGAUAGUUAAUCAAUGAUCGAUUAAUGAACCAUCUCUUUUUUUUUAAGGGGCCGGCUACACUCGAUCAUUCGGCUUCAUCGAGUUUUCUGAUGUUUCCGUGGCGACCCGCUGGAUGGAUGAACAUAAGGUAGUUUUUUGUCCAAAAAAGGAAGAUAUAUGAAGAAUAACUCAGGGAAUCCUCGAGCUGGGCGAUGGCCGAAGAUUGUGCAUGGAGUACGCCAAAGGGGAAUACGCCGCCCCGCCUCGGAAAUCCGAAAACGACUGGAUUUGCGCCAAUGUACGUUGUGAAAAGACCAGCGAAGUUAUCUGUUUUUUCAGUGCUCAAUGAACAAUUUCAUCAAGCGUGAGAAUUGUUUCAAAUGUGGAAUUCCUAAAGAAUCGUCGCUUCUCCUGGAGAAACAGGGUGUCCAUAUGGCCGGUACCACGCCUUGCGACAGUCAGUUUGAUCUUUUUCGGAUAGUAUCUCACAAGGGAGGUAAUUUUGCCAGAGUUUUCCUUGAUGUAACAAAAGGAGACUCUGAAAGCAUCAACCUGCACAACUUUCUAGUUUUCGUGAUGAAGGCCCAGAGUCCCAAAGUAGCUUUUUUUACUUACCGAUUUUUCAGGACUUUCUUUGAUUUUAAGGUGCUUUUUCUCAAAAAUUAGGAAGUUGUACAGGGACCCCUUCUGGUAGAUUCAGGAAGGCUUAGGAAUUCCAGUGGUGCCUAUUGGGGCAAUCAUAGGGCCCUUAGAAGGUCCCCUGUAGGGGCCACUUUAACAACCCCUAUAGGGCCCACUGGAGCUUGCGCAAGUGGUUCCUAUAUGGGUUUUAGUUAGUGACCCCUAUAGGGGACUUGCUAGUCGAUGAUUCUUAUGAACUCUAGUAAGCGAAGAAGCAUUUCCAUGGGAAAAACUAAAAAAAAUAACCUUUUUUGAACGAAAUUGAAAGAACCCUAUAGGGGCCACCUUGAUUUUAUCUCAUUAGGGACCACUUUUUGGCGCCUAUAAGGGUUCUUUACCCUCCUGACCCCCAUAGAGGCCACUCUGGAAUUUCUAAGUGUUCAGGUCACUUUUCAGAAAAAUCAUAACCGCAAAGAUAAAUUACCUUCUUGUCAAAGAAUUUCGCGUAUUUUUUCAAAUUUCGAAUUUUAGCUAUCUUGUUGCGAAAUUUGCCGCCGGAUUGCCAGACGUCGACGAUUUUCGACAGCUUGUCUUCGUACAUUUCGCUCUCAGCAAUAUCUGUUGUUCAGGUUGUUCAAAAAUAUGUUUUACUUCAAAGAUUGGGAGUAUUUUCAGAUCUCUGACUCGAGAAUGUAUGCUUUCGUCCAAAUGAAAAGCACUGACGAGGCUAUUCUGCUCCUUAACAAUUCUUACAAGUCAACAAUCAAAAUCAAUGGGAAGGAAGGUUCGGCAUCAUUAUAUUGACUUUCUCUAUAUUUCCUUCUCAGUUAUCACCACUUAUUGCAUACAACCCAUGUCGAAGAUCAUCCAACAACAAAUGUCCAUGAUAAAUGCUGGCAAUCCAGGGACAUUAGGCAGUGCUCCGGCUUCCCAGGGUAACCCAGUCAUUUCGAUUCCUUUCACAAGUAUUUCCAGUGAACGGCGCUGAAGUCGCCCAAGCGGCAAUGUUGAAAGCGGCCGCUCUGCGACAUGCCAGCCAGCAAGUCGGCCAAAUGGUAUCCUUUUCUGUUUUUUUUUUCUCAGAGCCAUUCCGAUUCUUGAUAAUACUUCGGCUGGAUACCACCCCAGCGCGCGAAAAAAAUUUAAAAAUUUACUGAAAUAGGCCGCACAGCGGAUUGGGAUCCAGCCUUGAUCACUUCGUUGAAGAAAUUUUAACUUUGGAAAUGAAAAAAAUAGCCGAAAAGAUUUCAAGGGGAAUGGGUACAAAAAUUUACAUUUCCAGUGUUUAAAGUGGUUUCCGCAAAAUGGUCUCUGACUCUCCAAAAUUUGGUUAUUUUUUCUUUCCCUCACUACUAUCUUGAAUUUCGCUCUUUGAACAGGCCAAAAUAAGUUUCUUCCUUGUGAUUGCUCAAAUGUGCUUCGCAAAAAUGAAUCUGGUAGAUCAAUGGACUUUUCAAAAAUUGUCUGUACUCGCUUUGCUUGUACAGUGUUUGACCAUUCAGGGCUCAUCAUUUUUUGAAGCUGGAAUUUUUUUUUUUCAUUGCAGAGUGAUAGUAGGAACUUUCCUUUAUAGGCAAAGUCGGAAAGGGUGGAAAAAGGCUCCAUAGAAAGGUUCCUUUUAGGGUGCAUUUUUGCGUCAUUUCAUCGGCUUUUAUACAACCAUUUUGCUGCCUCUACCUUUUCCACCAUUUCUUGAGCCUUUAAAAUCCCAGAAAAAUGGGAGGCUUGAUAAAGGGACUCUCUCUGCGGCUUUUUCUGAGCCUCUCCCUUUAAGUGGCCAUUAUUCACCAUUCAGACUUUGCCCGAGUUUUGCUUAUUUCUUUGAAUUAAGCUCUCGCGGAACGCUCCUCCACCGCAAAUCACGGUCCAGCCGAGUAUGGCGUUGCCUAUCGACUACAGUAUCCCACCGCCCAACAUAAUCAACACAUCACAGCCGCCGCCUUCACUUGGCCCUCUCGUCGCGCAGAACAAGAACGGCAUCAUAGGAACCACCCCUACGCCUCGCGGCGUUUUUCCAAAAUAUGGUGGGACCAAUAAGCCGUUCUUUCACCGGGUUCCCUUCAGUUUGUCCCAACCCGAUGCUCUUCGUUCCGGACAACGCCAGCGGCUAUUAUCUGGACCGUGUGACCAACUUCUUCUACGACGCCACCACCACGUACUAUUAUAACAACGACGCCAAGCAGUGGUGCUACUAUGAUGCGACUUAUCAAACAUAUUUCCCUGUCGAGGACACUGUAAGAUCGAUCGAAGUAUGGUUUGUUUAAUGAUUUUUGAUUUCUGCAGAAUUCCGCCCCGAGUACGGCCGAAGUUUCUACGUCGGUCAUUGCGCCAGCACAAGAAGAAAGACCUAGAGAAGAGGAAGGGAGCGAUAAAAAGGUUUUUUCGGCUUGCUCACUAUUUCUUGAUCCAUAACGUAGUUUUAUUCACUUUUGGAGGCGUGAAUUUAAUAUUUAAGUUUAGUUUUAUGAUCGAUUUUCACCAUAAAGCGUACUUGCGCAGGAUCUGUUUUCCUUUGUUUGGAUACCUCUCAAAAAUGCAAACUCGUUUUUAAACAAGUGGACCUUAAAGUUCCAGGGAGAAUCUAUAGAUUUUUUGCGGAUGUAUAUAUUCUUUGGUAGUUUUUCUCUACCAGAUCCUUCUUUUUUUGCAAAACUCUAGGAUCUCGAUCGCUUGAAUAUCAUACAGAAAAAUUGAACGAAUAAACGAAUAUCGAAAAAAUUUCUUAGCUAUCAUUCAGAAUAAAAAAAUAUACAAAACCUUGCUUUAUCAUUAUUAAUUCAACCUACAAACAGAAAACGGCGGCAGAUGUAGCGAAGGACAUGCUGAAGUGGGCGAAAAAACAAGAAAAGCUCAAAGUACAGAUGGCAGUCAAACCAUUGGCAAAACCUUUAGACGCAAAAAAUGCUUUCCAAAACUCGAGCAAAAAGAAGGUAAGAACUAUCUUUUUUCGAGAAAAAAAUGAUGAAAUUUGAGAACUUUUCCUCUGACGAAGAAGAAGAAAAAGAGGAAGAAGAUUCGAUGCCGGCUAGAAAAACUUCAGUUGCAGAUGCUCCGCCUAUGCCUGGAUCAGGUAUUUUUUUUUCAGACUCUUUUUUUGUAAGGGGUUUCGGUCACAACUUCCUUUUGGGGAGUUCAAUCUUUCUGAAACUUCCUGGAGUUGUGGUGACUGUUAUUUUUAACACUCUGAUUCAUUUUCAUUUUCUAGUAAAAGGUCCAGCUUCAGAAAUGUUCAGGAAGAUUGAAUUCAUUAAAAGAAAGUAGUGGUCAAAGUUGCCUUUUUUUUGUAUCUUUUCUGACGAUAUAGCAGAAAGAUUUCGACGAAGUAGCUUCAAGACGCCAUGGAUAUAUCGCCUAUGGCAUAGUUAUGUUGGGUGAUCAGAAAACAGAAAGGAAAGUCCUUAAAUGCCCGCUGUUCAAAGCCCUCUGUGUGUAUCAAUCCGCGUUAUUAAGGCUCGUCGUCGGAUUACGCACCUAUUGAACAUCCAAGUUCGUCAGUGCCAAGUUUUGCGGACUACAACGAGAAGAUGGAGCGGGAGUUACUUGACGAACCGAAAAAGAUGUGUUUGUUGUGCAAAAGAGCGUUUCCCUCAACGGACGUUUUGCGAAAACACGUGGAGAAGAGCGAGCUUCAUGCGGUAAGAGAAAAAUCGAUGAAUUUUAAAAAUUCUGUUGUUUAAGAAAAAUUUGGAAACGAAGCGUUCUGAGUGGAGACAAGAGUAUGCGGAGAUUAUGGCGGAAGAACAGGCAAAAGAGCGAGAAAAAGAGUUCCAAGUGCCGAAAUUGGUCUAUCGCGACCGAGCUAAAGAGCGUCGUCAACAGUACGGCUACGACCCUUCAGGUGAUAGGAAUCUUCAGCCAGACUUAUUAUUCCCAUCUCUUAGGUUACAUUUCCUCCGAAACGGCUCUCAAGUCGGGCAGGAGCGAGGACUCGAUCCGGAGAGAGUCGGAGGAAGCGGCGAGUCGUCCUCUCGAUGAGACCAACAUCGGCAACAAGCUGCUCAAGAGCAUGGGCUGGAAAGAAGGCCAAGGCGUCGGGAAGCAUGCUCAAGGUCGGUUAUUUGGUUUCUGAAUCUGAUGUCAGAAAAAUCCCGAAGGAGGGUGUUUCAGAUAGGAUUUUUUGUUAAAGAUCACUUUUCAUAUGAUUUAGAGAUGAUUUCUUCGUAAAUAUCAUUACAUCACUCCGUGAAUAACUGUUUAAACAUAUUUAUAAACGGUUCCAAAGUUAUAGCUAACUUUAACGUCAAUUCCAUAUCAGUAGAACUUUUUAUGAACUGAUAAUUAAAAUAUGUUGAUAUAUUUCGUUCAAAAAUAGCCUUUUUAUCUGUUUCACGACAAUCUCGGACGAAGCGGACGUGCUCUGGGAAUUUUCUAGUGACCACUUUAGUAGCCUCAGCACACUUAAGUGAUCCCUAGAACUGCUCAAUUAAGUGAUCCCUAGAAUUAGUCAGAAACGUCCGGAGCAUUUCCGAUUUUCGUCAACGAGGUCCGAGAUUAGUUAUCACGUUAAUCGGGUUUUUUCGUCAUCAGAAAAGUUUUUUGAAGCUUUUGGAGCUUUCAAGUUAUAUUUUUGCCCUGAUUCGAACUUCUUCUUACCUCGGACAUUAGUAACGCGAAAAAGGAGCGAAUCGGCCGUGUCGGGACAAUUCUAGUGACCACUUUGGUAGCGUCAACACUCUUAAGUGAUCCCUAGAAUCACUCAGAAACGUCCGGUUUUCGUUCCCCCAUACAUAAAUUGUCAACAGACAUUGUUUCAAUCCACAACUUCCAGGUAUCGUGGCGCCGAUCUCGGCCGAAAGGUUCGUACAAGGAGCCGGCCUGGGAUCCGUCGGCUCGCGGCUGACCGGAAACGUCGAGGCAUCGCACAAGGAGAAAACACGAGCUGCUCUCUACAGCCGUUACAAUCAAUGA